UCAGCGCAUGGAGUUUGUAGCUGUACCGGCGUGGGGUACAUGCUGUAUUUUUGUUGCUUUAACGUCUUUGCAAUUAACUUUCAUUUUGUAACAAAGUAGUUCAAAGUGGGACAACAGCAGCGAAAUGAAACUGUUCGUAAGUGAAGGUAAUCCGCAUUGCGUGAAGGUGUUAGCGGCGGUGGAACUGACUGGAGUGAAAUGUGACAUCAGUCAUGUGAAUCAAGACGAACGAGUGGUGCCCUACCUGAGCCGACCCUUGCUGCCAGCCCUGCUCCUGCCUUCCGGGCUGCACCUCUUCACCCCCAAUGCCAUCUGCAGGUACCUCUUUGAAGUGAGCGGGCAGGAGGCCAGCGACCAGAGUAGCCAGUGGCUGGAAUGGGAGGGGACAGAACUCCAGCCCGCUCUGAUGCAGGCCCUCCACAUGUCAGCGCUGCAGGGGAAGGGGGCAGAGGCUGCAGGCACCCUGCAAGGACCCCUGAGCUUCCUAGAGCAAAGCCUGAGCAGAAGAGCCACGCAGUUCCUCACUUCGGAGGAGGUGACAGUUGCUGAUAUUGUCCUGUGGGCUGCUCUCUAUCCUUUCCUGUCUAACUCCAGUUUCAUGGCAGGCGACCUGGGGCAGGUUCACGCAUGGUUUGAGCGCGUGGGCAAGCUGGAGGCUUGUCGGUCUGCUGCCCAGACCGUGCUGAAGGGGAAGAGCCUGGAGGCACUGAAAGGCUACCUGCAGAAACAGCCAGUCCCACACGCCCAGCACAGAGGCUCCCAGCCCUGCAACCAGACCGAGGGUGAGGAUGCGGAACACGCGAUCACUGAGGAGGACAUUCAAGCUGCAGUCAAAACCUGGAGCCGAGCGCUAAGCGAUUUUCCUGCUCCUGCUGACAGACAGCACCCCAUCCUGCCACAAGAGGGCAAGCGGAACGUCCUGAUCACCAGCGCCCUGCCUUACGUCAACAACGUGCCUCAUCUGGGCAACAUCAUAGGCUGCGUGCUCAGCGCCGACGUCUUCGCCAGGUACGGACGCCUGCGCGGCUGGAACAUGCUCUUCGUGUGCGGGACCGACGAGUACGGGACGGCCACGGAGAACAAGGCGCGGGAGGAGGGGCUGACGCCGCGGGAGAUCUGCGACAAGUACCACGCCGUCCACGCCGGCAUCUACAAGUGGUUCCAGAUCGACUUCGAUUUCUUUGGCCGCACCACGACGGCCCAUCAGACGGAGAUAGCGCAGGACAUUUUCUGGCGGCUGCACCAGCGUGGGUACCUGCUGGAGGACACGGUGGAGCAGCUGCACUGUGAGAGAUGCCAGCGCUUCCUGGCUGACCGAUUCGUGGAGGGAAUCUGUCCCCACUGCAGCUACCCUGAGGCCCGCGGAGACCAGUGUGACAAGUGUGGCCGCCUCAUCAACGCUGUGGAGCUCAAGGACCCCCUGUGUAAGGUGUGCAAACAGACCCCAGUUGUUCGCUCCUCCAAACACCUGUUUCUGGACCUGCCGAAGUUAGAAUCUCAGCUGGAGGAGUGGCUGGAGCAGUCGGUGAGCUCAGGAGAUUGGACGCCCAAUGCCCGGCAGAUCACACGGUCGUGGCUGAGGGAUGGUCUCAAGCCGCGUUGCAUUACCAGGGACCUUCAGUGGGGCACCCCUGUCCCACACCCGGAUUUCUCUGAGAAGGUGUUCUAUGUUUGGUUCGAUGCCCCUAUUGGUUAUCUCUCAAUCACUGCAAACUAUACCGACCAAUGGGAGAAGUGGUGGAAGAACCCAAAGCAGGUCGAGCUGUACAACUUCAUGGCAAAGGACAAUGUACCAUUCCACAGUGUGGUGUUCCCCUGCUCUCUGCUGGGUGCUCAGGACAACUACACACUUGUCAAUAACCUCGUUGCCACAGAAUACCUCAACUACGAGGACACAAAGUUCUCCAAGAGCCGUGGCGUGGGCGUAUUUGGAGACAUGGCCAAGGACACGGGCAUCCCCGCUGAUGUGUGGCGCUUUUACCUGCUGUACGUUCGGCCCGAGGGCCAGGAUUCGGCCUUCUCCUGGGCUGACAUGGCACUGAAGAACAACUCCGAGCUGCUCAACAACCUGGGAAACUUCAUCAAUAGAGCUGGAAUGUUUGUGAGUAAGUUCUUCGAGGGCCGUGUGCCGCAGACCGAGCUGCAGGCGGAGGACAGCCGACUGCUGGCACAGGUGGGCUGGGAGCUGCGGCAGUACAUACAGCUGCUGGACAGAGUCAGAAUCCGUGACGCUCUGAAGUGCAUCCUGAACAUCUCUCGCCAUGGAAACCAGUACAUCCAGGUUAAUGAACCCUGGAAGAGGAUCAAAGGAGAGGACAAAGACAGGCAGCGAGCGGGCACGGUGACGGCCAUGGCGGUGAAUGUGGCAUGCCUGCUGGCCGCCAUGCUUGAGCCGUACAUGCCCACGGUCAGCGCGACCAUCCGCGAUCAGCUGCGUGCCCCGCCCUCCUCCGCCAGCGCCAUGCUUCACGGAGCAGGCAGCUUCGUCUGCACGCUGCCCGCCGGGCAUCGCAUCGGCACGGUCAGUCCACUGUUCCAGAAACUGGAGGCUGAUCAGAUUGAGGCCUUGAGGAAAAGGUUCGGGGGUCAGCAGCCAGAGGAAGAAGGGUCCAAACAGCAGCCUCAGACAAAUGCUAAGUCUGAAGCAAAUGCCAAGCCAGCUACCCCUGCGCCUCCAGCUGAAGCCGCUGGGAACUUUGCUAACCCCGAGAGGGCAAAGCAACUGGCACAGGAAGUGGCGGAACAGGGUGACAGAGUGCGUGCCCUGAAGGCCCAGAAGGCGGAGAAGGCGGUGAUCGCAGAGGAAGUGGCCAAAUUGCUGGAGCUGAAGAAACAGCUGGCACUUGCAGAGGGCAAGAACCCAGAGCCCUCACCACAGAAAGGGAAGAAGAAGUGAGACAGGGCCGGGGACAGAACGGGGGGGACGAUAACAAAGCAGGGAAGAAGGGACAAAAAAAAUAUGGGGAAAGGGGAGCAAGACUCGCGGCUGCAAGAAAGAUGACCAAUUUCUCACGUCUGUGACUUGAUUGUACGGGAGAGGCAAAGCAGUGUCGGUGGCAUGGACAGUGUAAUGAAACUGCAAUGCAAUAGGGUGGAACUGUCCAAAUCUCGGGCAUUUCUCUAUUGAAAGGGAUGUCUUUUGAAAUUGUCGUGACAUGAUGUACAUCAGUGCAGCUCAUCUACUGAACGGUGUCAUGUUGGGUUGCGCUACAUGCUGUUACGGGUAACCUGUCAGACACUUCGGUCAUCAAACAGCUUUUGUUCUGUGAGCCCUCACAAAUAAAAGAUUGCCGGGAUCAAGUCAGUUAUUACACUU